GAUGUGAAAUGAAUAAUUAACAUUAGAGAAACUCGCGACUAGGAGGGUGGGAACUUUCAAUAGGUGUGCAUUCAAAGACAAGUACAGUCACGAUUAGCUCUGUUUUAUCUACAUAUUCUUAGGCUAAUCUUCAGCAUGCACACAUUUCUGAACAAAUAUAUAGAUUAGUAAAUAUUUACAUUUUCCUAUUUCUAACAUUUAUUUAACACUUUGCCCCUCAGGUACACCACCCCAUGCUAAACUUAACAAUUAGAAUGAAUAAAUAUUAUAAAUCACAGGACUAGAGAAGCAUGUGACCAGGAGGGUGGGAACCUGACCAAGAGGCUCAUUUAAAAGAGGAAUGAUGAACCUGUGGGAUGUAGAACAGGUGCACAGUUCAAGCUCAGAGACUAAUUUCAUACUGUAGUGUGUAACGCUCAAGAAUCAUGAAGAUGCUGCUUGUGACUCUGGCUCUUGCCCUUCUGCUGACCAGUGGUUCUGCCCUUAAAUGUCACAAGUGUACUCCUGAUGGAAAAUGUUCUAUUGUAACCUGUACCAGUGGUCAAGACACCUGUGUUGCCACAAGGGUGUUUACCCCCAGUGGUUCAUUUGUUGGAAAGAGAUGCUUAACACGGGCUCAGUGUUUGCAGUUGCAGAAAACUAACAAAUUUCCUGUUGCAUGCUGUGGGACGGACCUUUGCAAUAAAAUUGUUCCAUGAAAAUCUCAUAGGAAGUAUGAUUAAUGAUCUACA